GUGAAAUUAUCAGUAACUCUUCAGAGUCACAACAUGAARUUCCUAGUAGUUUUCACUUUGCUCUUGGCUUCUGCCUACGCUUCACCAGUACUCUUCCAACGCCAAUUGGAAGUUCCAGUGUUGGCUGAUGAACUCGAAGGACGCAUUACCAAUGGCCAAAUCGCCUCCGCCGGUCAGUUCCCGUAUCAAGUUGGACUUUCAUUGAGAGUGAGCGCUCUCUCAUCUGCAUGGUGUGGUGGUUCCUUGAUUGGCAGCCAAUGGGUCCUUACCGCUGCUCACUGCACUGACGGUAUUCCAUCCGUGAUUGUCUACUUGGGUGCUACCGUUCGCACAUCGCCCGAAGUACAAAUCACCGUAAGCAGCAGCAACAUUAUCAUCCACUCAGGCUGGAACCGCAACACUCUGAAGAAUGACAUUUCUCUCAUUAAAAUCCCAGCUGUUUCCUACUCCAGCAGAAUACAACCCGUCAGAUUGCCCGCCAUCUCUAGCUCUUACUCCAACUAUGUCGGUGCAACAGCUGUUGCCUCCGGUUGGGGAAAAAUCAGCGAUUCAUCUUCCGGUGCGACCACUAAUUUGCAAUACGCUUACGUGCCAGUGGCUUUCUCUUAUACACAUCUAGAUGUGUAUAAGAGACAGGUUUAUGGAUCUUCGAUUGUGACUCCGUCUAACAUUUGCAUUUCGACCCCCGGUGGAGUUUCCACUUGCAAUGGUGACUCUGGUGGCCCAUUGGUCGACACCUCUUCAGGCGUACAGAUCGGUUUGACUUCAUUCGGUGCUAAAGCCGGCUGCGCUAAAGGAUACCCAGCUGCCUUCACCCGUGUGACCAGCUACUUGGACUGGAUUAAGAGCAACACCGGCAUUUCUGCUUAAGUUUUGUAUCGAAUCGAUUUGGUUAUGCAUUAAAUAUAGUUGAAGAAUUAAA